AUGGAGAAGGUUAUGAUUGUUAAUUGGAUCUUCAUGAGUUCAGCAACCACUGGAGCAUACUUCGUUUCCUGUGUUGCGGGAAACAAGAACAACGACCUCUUCUGCUGGGUUUUGCUCUUCUUGCUGCCUAAGUUUUUGGGAACUCCAUUUGCCUACAUCAACUUUCUAUUGAUUCAGGCCAUCGACCGAAGUCCAUCUGCGGUGGGGGUUUUGGGAAACUUCGGGGUGGUUAACCUAUAG